UCAGGACCAUCAUUCUCAUCUUUUAGAGCAUCAGCACGCCACGGCACAUUCACUGCAGCUUUGACACUACAGAAAUGGAGAGCUUGCUGGAUAACCCAAUGAAAGCCGUGCUUUAUCUCAAAGAACUGACCACCAUUGUGCAAAACCAGCAGAGUUUGAUUCAAACCCAGCGGCAGCGGAUCGACGAGCUCGAGAGGAAGGUUGAGGACCUGAUCGGCGAGAAUCGACAUUUGAGAGAUCCUCAUCAAUACCACCACCAUCAUCCGCAUAGUCACCACCAUCCGUCACCGCGGACGAGCAGCCCGCAGCCGGCCGCGCACCCGCACCAGCAUCCGGCGACUCACGGUCAACCCCAGCAGCAGCAGCAAAAGCCGUCCAAACAGCCGCAGAAUCCUCCAGCAGCACCCAUUCAUCACCCGCAGCAUCUGCAGCUGGUGCCUACAUCCCCUCCGUCUCUCAAAGCGGCUCAGUCCAGCCCGGAGUCCGCGGAGGACGACAAGAGGAGCCCGUCCUGCAAGUCUCUGGUUCCGCAAACACCCUCCACUCUGUGCCGGUCCGUCGGGAUCGCCAGGAAACCCGAGAACCAGACGGUUCUGCAUCAGUUCUGCUGUCCCGCCCCGGACGCCCCAGAGUCUGACUCCCAGGCGUGUGUACCCAGUGAAGAGCCACUCCCCCCUUCCCCGAUUGCGACACCAUCACCUGGGGACUCCACAGCUGCUGCAUCGCCUAGGGAAACUGCCGCCAGCACUGCUCAGCCGGAGUUGAAAGUUGAACCUCAGGUUGUAGGGAGAGCCGUAACACAGUCUAUCGAUGGAGGAGGAGAUGAUCAAGAUCGAGGUGGAGCACAGGACAUUGAGAUUGUGGAGGUGCAGAAGGAAGAGGUGAAAGUGGAAGAAAUGGCCGAGAAGGAAGAAGAACUACAGGUGCAACCACCACAACAACUGCAAGAGGAGCAAAAGAAGGAGAUAGAGGAGCAAGAGAGAGAAACCUCAAGUACGGGGGCUGCAGGAAGGAGACCAAGCUUGCAUCACACAGCUUCACCAAUCAGAGUGCAGAGGAACGGAGCUUGCAGCCACUCCACCACGUCUGACUAUGAACUCUCACUCGACCUCAAAAACAAGCAGAUCGAAAUGUUAGAACACAAAUAUGGGGGCCACCUCAUCUCACGUCGUGCCGCCUGCAAAAUCCAGACGGCCUUCCGCCAGUACCAGCUCAGCAAAAACUUUGAGAAGAUCCGGAACUCCCUCCUUGAGAGUCGCUUGCCACACCGUAUAUCCCUGCGAAAGGUGCGUGUGCAAAAUACAGAGGGAAUUUCAGCUGAACGGGCCCUGGCCCAAGGCUGCAAUCUGCCGAGUAUUCCACUUGUCCGAUCUCCAUCCUUGCCAACCACAGUGGGCGGCACACUCACAGACCUGGAGGAUUCCUUCAAUGAGCAAGUCCAGUCUCUUGCCAAAUCAAUUGAUGAUGCACUCAGCAACUGGAGCAUGGAGACAAUGUGUUCUCUCCAAGAAGGCGGUACCUACCAGUUUAGCUCAGAGUCCUUCAGUACAGCUGGUAACAAAACUGGGGUAGCAGGGAAAGUCUGUGAAGGUGGCCUCAUGGACCCUGCUUCACUCCAGAGUGGAAUUGGCCAAGCAGACAACUCUGAGAACACAGCCCGGAAUGCCAGCAAGCUGAUGAUGGCCUUCCGGGAUGUGACAGUUCAGAUUGACAGCCAAAACUUUUGCAUGUCCUCUACUGUUAUGGAAUCUUCCACUUCAGUCUCUCUCAGUAAUUGUGUCCAGCAAGAGGCCAUGGUUACUGAGAGCCCACCACAACCUCCAGUUAAUGAAGCAAAGGAACAACUUCCACUAGGACAACCACCACCACCUCCCCAGGAUCCAACUCCACCACCUCUAGAGCUGGAUGCUGAGGAGGUGCCUGAUGGUGACUUCCCGGCCCCUCCACCAAGUGAGGAGGAGCUUGGGGAGGAGCCACCACUUCUGGUGCUGGAGAAAAAGGAAGCUCCAGAACCUGCAAUUCUGGCACAAACAGCAAUAAUCUCUGAUACCUUGUCUUCACAAGGGGUUGCAGAGACACCGGCCACCCCUACUAUUGAGGUUCUAGAGGCUAAGUGCAUUGAGUUGGACACAGCGGACAACAGCUCAGAGCAGAUGAGCAGCAGCAGUACAUCCACAUCCGCCCGCUCAGCUUCGGAGGUCUCGCCCAAAGAGCCUCUGCAGGCCAUGAUCUUGAGCUUGCCCCGCUACCACUGCGAGAACCCAACCAGCUGCAAAUCUCCAACCCUCUCCACUGACGUAAUGCGAAAACGCCUGUACCGUAUUGGUCUCAACCUCUUCAACAUAAAUCCAGACAAAGGCCUCCAGUUUCUCAUCUCACGUGGUUUCAUUCCGGAUACGCCCAUCGGUGUAGCUCACUUUCUGCUCCAGAGGAAGGGGCUGAGCCGGCAGAUGAUUGGCGAGUUUCUUGGCAACAGCAAGAAGCCCUUCAACAGAGAUGUGUUAGACUGUGUGGUGGAUGAGAUGGAUUUUUCGGGGAUGGAGUUGGAUGAGGCUCUGAGGAAGUUCCAGUCUCAUAUCCGUGUGCAAGGUGAAGCACAGAAAGUGGAAAGACUGAUAGAGGCAUUCAGUCAGCGUUACUGUAUGUGCAAUCCAGACAUCGUGCAGCAGUUCCACAAUCCAGAUACCAUCUUCAUCCUCGCAUUUGCCAUCAUCCUUCUCAACACAGACAUGUACAGCCCCAACAUCAAACCCGACCGCAAGAUGAUGCUGGAAGACUUCAUCCGCAACCUGAGAGGGGUAGAUGAUGGUGCUGAUAUUCCUCGGGACAUGGUGGUUGGAAUCUACGAGCGAAUUCAACUGAGGGAGCUACGCUCGAAUGAAGACCAUGUCACUUAUGUCACCAAGGUGGAGCAAAGCAUUGUUGGAAUGAAAACAGUUCUGUCAGUGCCUCACAGAAGACUGGUGUGCUGCAGUCGACUAUUUGAAGUGAUUGACAUCAACAAAGCCCAGAAGCAAGCAGCUCACCAGAGAGAGGUCUUCCUCUUCAACGACCUACUUGUGAUUUUGAAACUGUGUCCAAAGAAGAAGAGUUCAGCUGCCUACACUUUCUGCAAGGCUAUGGGUCUGCUGGGCAUGCAGUUCCACCUGUUUGAGAAUGAAUACUAUCCUCAUGCAAUCACUAUCUUAUCUCCGUGUUCGGGCUCUGAUAAGAAGCAGGUGUUGAAUUUCUGUGCUCAGAACGCUGAGGAACUGCUGAAGUUCAUAGAGGACCUGAAAGAGUCCAUCGCUGAGGUGUCAGAGAUGGAGCAGAUACGUAUUGAAUGGGAGUUGGAGAAGCAACAGGGAGCCAAAACUCACUCCAUCAAGAACAACGGGACUCAGCUUGAGUUGAGGGGCAGGCAGGGUUCUCCUUCAGGCAAACAGGAAAUGAACACAUCACAGAGUGGACACAAUGCAGUAGAGGUGUCAAUUCACAACAGGCUUCAGACGUACCAGCUCAAUGCGGCGCUGCCGAGCCCUGAGAGCACCGCCAUACUCAACCACCAGAGGGAGCUCUUCCAACAGCCGCCAUUGCAAUGCGCCAGCCCCACAACCUCACAUGCCCACCAGCCCGUGGCCCUGGCUGACAUACGACCCGACACGCUAAUUCAGUGCCAGCAAAUCGUCAAGGUCAUCGUCUUGGACAAAGGUGGUCAUGGUCGAUUGGAGGCAUUCCUCAACCAGAGUCCCACUCAUCACCAGCUCAUCCAAUCUGUUGUCUCCACGCCAGUACGUUCACCGAAUGGAGGAGGAAACCAGGGCGGGAAAGACAGUUCACAGCCCCCCCUACCUCCACCACCCCCACCAUAUAACCACCCUCAUCAGUAUAUACCCCCAGAUCCACGCCUAGGGCUACAGAGGACCCCUAGUGGCUCUCGUAUCCUAAUAUAGAGUUCAAACCAACAUAGUUUUAAGAACUAAUAAACACUCCAGGCACACUUUUUGACAGUAUUUAUCUACAUGAAAUAUAUAUAUACAUGAAAGAAGUAUAAUAAUAAUAAAAAAAAAAAAAUUAAAAAAAAAAAAAUAUAUAU